CGGUCCCGUCUUAUACUGAUAACAAAACAUCUCUUUGAAUCCAAGUUUCUCUCACAUCUGCUUCUGGGGUGGUUUUCAGGGGUUAUCCAUUUCUCUCUACUCACAUUUCCUAGUGAUUUUCUUUUGCUUUCGUGGGUGGUUGCCAAAUCUUUGAUUUAUACUCACUCGUUUUAGUCUCAGUACAAAAAUUUUACAAAGACGAACACUUUGUCUACUAAUUUCAUUGCAUUCUCUAGAUGGAACCCAUUACUACUGUAGGGAAUUUUUGGUAACUACAACUACAACCCAUUUGAUUCUUCUUCUUUUUUUUUCCCGUUUGAUUUUGUUUCCGGUGCAUUUUUUUGGGUCACUGGGGUUCUUUCGGUCUGGUGUGUUUUCUGGAGAGAGAGCGGAAUGUUGCUUUAGGAAAAAUGAGAUCCGAUAGAUUUACUUCACUUGUGGUUCUUUGCUUUGUCUUUGGAGGUCCUUUUGUGAUCGUUGAUUCCUUUCCAAGAGAUGAAGUUCGGGCUCUUUUGAACUUCAAGGAAGCCAUAUAUGACGACCCACUUGUAUUUCUGUCCAAUUGGAAUGCCUUAGAUGCAGAUCCUUGUCACUGGCCUGGUCUUUCAUGUUCUUUUGCUGGAGACCGUGUUGUCAAGAUAAACAUCACUGGUUCAUCUUUACGAGGAUUUCUUGCACCAGAAUUGGGUAGAAUCACCUAUUUACAAGAACUAAUAUUGCAUGGGAAUAAUCUGCUUGGUAUAAUACCGAAAGAAUUGGGCUCCCUGAAAUUCCUUAAGGUUUUGGAUUUGGGGAUGAAUCAAUUGACGGGUCCAAUUCCUCCAGAGCUAGGGAACUUGACCAGUAUCCAGAAAAUGAACCUCCAGUCAAAUGGGUUGACUGGAAGAUUACCUCCUGAGCUUGGCAAUUUGAAGUAUCUGCAGGAACUUCGGCUUGACAGGAAUAAGCUUCAAGGAACUCUUCCUUCUACUAACAAUUCAGCGACAAAGUCAGACAUGCAUGGAAUGUAUCCCUCAAGUGCAAACUUAACUGGCUUCUGCCAAUUUUCUCAGUUAAAAGUGGCCGAUUUCUCUUACAACUUCUUCGUUGGGAGCAUACCUAAGUGCCUGGGAAAUCUUCCAAGUACAAGCUUUCAAGGAAACUGCCUCCAAAAUAAAGAUCCGUAUCAGCGUAAUGCCACGCAAUGUGCGCUUUAUGGUAGUACUCCACCUGCCAAAAGCCAUCAAACCAACAACUCUAGGCACCGACCUGCUGAUGACACUUCAAAUCAUCAGGGGUCAUCAAAGCCUGGGUGGCUUUUGGCUCUGGAAAUAGCAACUGGAACCAUGGUGGGUUCACUCUUUAUUGUUGCAGGUCUCACUGCUCUUCAGAGAUGCAAUAGCAAAUCUUCUCUCAUAAAUCCUUGGAAGAAACCUGCUAGUGAGAAAGAUCGCAUGACAGUGUACAUAGAUUCUGAGAUGCUGAAAGAUGUCACAAGAUUCACCAGACAAGAGCUUGAAGUUGCCUGUGAAGAUUUUAGCAACAUUAUAGGCUCCUCACCUGACAGUUUGGUCUACAAAGGCACCAUGAAAGGUGGGCCUGAAAUCGCUGUGAUAUCCCUCUGUGUUAAAGAAGAGCAUUGGACUGGCUAUCUUGAGCUUUACUUCCAGAAAGAGGUGGCAGAUUUGGCUAGAUUAAAUCACGACAACGCAGGAAAGUUGCUUGGAUAUUGUAGAGAGAGCAAUCCAUUUACGAGGAUGCUAGUUUUUGAAUAUGCAUCAAAUGGGACUUUGUACGAGCACCUCCAUUAUGGAGAAGGAUGCCAGUUUUCUUGGACACGACGCAUGAAAAUUGUUUUAGGCAUUGCUCGUGGACUCAAAUAUCUCCACACAGAACUUGAACCGCCAUUUACCAUAUCAGAGCUGAAUUCUAGUGCUAUAUAUCUUACAGACGAGUUUUCACCUAAGCUGGUUGAUUUUGAAAGCUGGAAGACAAUUCUUGCAAGAUCAGAAAAGAACUCAGACUCUAUUGCCAACCAAGGAGAUAUUUGUGUUCUUCCAAAUUCUAUGGAGGAACGGCAUCUGGAUGUCCAAGGCAAUGUUCAUGCUUUUGGUGUACUGUUACUGGAAAUUAUCAGUGGGAGACCUCCACACUGCAAGGACAAAGGGUGUCUGGUGGAAUGGGCUAAGGAAUAUCUAGAUUUGCCCGAAGUGAUGUCGUAUGUGGUUGAUCCCGAGUUGAAACACUUCAGAUUUGAUGACCUCAAGGUUAUAUGUGAAGUGGUGCAACUUUGCAUCGAUCCAGACCCUAGUAAGAGGCCAUCCAUGCAGGAAUUAAGCUCCUUUCUGGAGAGCAGAAUCGAUACAUCCAUAUCUGCUGAGCUUAAGGCAUCUUCUUUGGCCUGGGCUGAGCUUGCACUGUCAUCAUCAUAGUGGAGUCAAAUGCUAGCAGCUAACAUACUGUAAAUCACACUUACAUUGUAAUACCUUUCUCCUUUUUAUUUCUUCCUCUAUAGUUUUCCCAUCAAGCCUCUUCAUAGUCAUUGUAAAUCCUUGCUUGCUAAAAGGGACAUACUGAUCCUCACCCUUGUCGAAGCCUAGUCUUCUGUAUACUUACAGAUUUUCAGUGAAGUCUGAUUCACAAAAUAGGGAAAUCAAUUCUUGUUAGAAAUGUUUAAGCUUUA